CAUAGACCUUUAUGUUGUUUUAUCAUCACCAUUUCACAUCAUAGAAGCGACUGAUUUUUUAAAAGCCUUUCCAAAUGACCACCACUGUUCCUUGUACUUUCACUUUCGACCAACCGGAAAUGCAGAAUAUUGCUACGCGGUAAAUGAAAUGAACGAAGUUGCAUUUAAAUACACACAAUUAUCGAAAAUACAUAAUAUAUAAAAAUACAUUAUUGAAGUAGAAAUAUGUUUUUGUUGUUGAAGUAUCGUGAUUUGCAAAAUAAGUUAUAAUUUACUCCAGACCUGUUUCAGAUGAAAGCACUUCCGGUAAGAACAAAAUAUAGUUGUCCGGUCACAGUUGGAGAAGAAAACAGCAUCUGCAACCAGAUUGAAGGCAUUUGGCCUGAAUGUGAGAUUUUCAUACCAACAGACAUUUCACAGAAAUGGCAGAGUGAGAAAGAUGAAUGUCCAUUAUCCAACAGAAAUCCAUCCAAUGUCUCUCUAAGUAGUGCCAAGAAACCUGUGUUGAGCAGAAGUUCAUCGCAUUCUGCCAAUUCUGUAUCUCCUAACAAUGGACCACCAUCUUCACAGAAACGACAGAGACAGAUACAUGAUUGUCCAUCAUCUUCACACUCCAUAGUCUCGCUUAGAAGUGCCAAGAAACCUGUGUUGAGCACAAGGUUAGAUACACCAUCCAAUUCACCACAUUCUGCCAAUUCUGGGCCAUCAUAUAAGAGCAGGCGCAGUGCUUCAAGCAAGGUUAACUUUCUUGGCAGAAGAAUUGCCCAUAAGUGGAAUAUUGAAGAAGAUACGAACAAACAGCGGUGGUUUAAUGGUACAGUGCUCAGUGUGGUGAGCGGAAAAGACGGGAAUGUGGAUGCAGUUUAUGAAAUUCUCUAUGAUGGGGACAGUGAUUCUUAUGAAGUGGACAACCUACGUAAAGAUUACAGUGAAUCAUCUGUUAGAUUCAUUGAUGUGUAAAUAGCCUGUGCAGUGCUUCAAGAAAGUUAACUUUCUUGGCAGAAGAAUUGCCCAUAAGUGGAAUAUUGAAGAAGAUACCAACAAACAACGGUGGUUUGAUGGUACAAUAAGUUUCAAUGCUUUUUUGAGCCCUUUAUGAUAAAUAUUAUUUUUUAUAUUGUUUUUGUUAAAUAAUUACUCUUAAGAUUGUGAAAUAAAUGAGUUGUCCUCUAUUAAAUUUUUGUGUAAUUUCAGUAGGGGGGAUAACUCUUACAUUGUACAUGUUUGCCUUGUCAUCUAUAGGUGACCAUACAUUUGAAAAAGUAGUUCCAAUAUGGCUAACAUUCAAGAUUGAUUUUUCUUAUACACCACAACUUUACUUCACAUAUUUAGUGGGAAAAAUAAUUAGGAAUAAGAAUGUAAAGGUCCUACUACCUGCAUCUGGGAAGGAUGUUGCUGUUAUACUAUAUUUUUUUGAUUUCCAAAGAAUGUAUAAAGUAUAUAAUGUGUUUUCCCAAAACAAGUCACUUUAGUGAAGUUCUUGAAUAAGAACUGUUUUCACUUACCGAAACCCUGUUAAGUUAAUUCUGCUGGUUCUAAGGAUUACAGUGAUAUGCAACAUCAAUAUAUUUAUUGUUUUUUUUUCAUAGAUAAAUGCCUUGGAAAAUACAAUCCUAUUUAACUACACAUGAACCUUAAGAUUUACAUAUGCAUGUCCAUCUUUAUAAUACACAUCAACCUUAACCUGCCAGAGAUUAACGUUUGUAUUGACAUUUUUCUCCUAUAUAAAAUAAGCAGAAAAUGGGAUAGAAUGUAAAGUAUAGGAUGCCGCCAAUGGCUAGUGUAGCCUACGAUCAACCUGUAAAGGUACAGUUGAGUGUAGACUAAAGGAG